AUGCCGCGCUUCCUCGACACAUCCACUGGCGAGUUUCGCUGGAUCGCGGAUGCGUCGACGGUGACAUACGCAAUAUUGUCCCAUACAUGGAGGCCCGAGGAGGAUGGCGGCGAGCAAACGUUCGAUGAGACUAAUAAGCUUAGGAGGCGCAUGCGGAAAGCUCGCGCCGAAUUCAAGGGAGAAUCGCCGAUCGCACGUGAAGCCGGCUACAAGCUCAUCUGGAUCGAUUCGGCGUGCAUCGACAAGUCGAGCAGUGCCGAGCUCGCGGAGGCGAUCAACUCAAUGUUCGAUCUCUACCGCCUCGCAGACGUGUGCUACGUAUACCUCUCGGACGUACACGUCGAUGACCCCCUGCGUUACGGAUCCGAUUUCGAACGGAGCAGGUGGCACAAGCGAGGGUGGACACUGCAGGAGCUCCUCGCACCAAAACGCGUAGUCUUCCUAACCUCUUCGUGGACCUUGCUGGGAACGAAGAUCAGCCUUCUCUCUGCUCUCGUCCGUGCUACGGGCAUCGACGCCGAUAUUCUCCUUGGCAGCGCGCCCCUGUCGAGCGCCAGCGUGGCGCGGAGGAUGUCGUGGGCGUCAUCCAGGGAAACGACGCGCAUAGAGGACGAGGCGUACUCGCUGUUAGGGAUCUUCGGCGUUCAUCUGUCGCCAAUCUACGGUGAAGGGUCCAACGCAUUCCUCCGCCUCCAGGAAGAGAUCUUGAAGACCAUUCCGGAUCAGUCUAUCUUCGCUUGG